AAAAAAAAUUAUUUUUUUUCCUUCCUCCUGUUUCUACUAAAAAUUUUUAUAUAAUAACGAAAAAAUGGGUCGUAAGAAAAUUCAGAUAAAACCAAUCAAAGACGAAAGAAACAGACAAGUGACUUUUUUAAAACGCAAGUAUGGUCUAAUGAAAAAGGCCUAUGAACUCAGUGUAUUAUGUGAUUGCGAGAUUGCUUUAAUCAUCUUUAAUUCAAAUAAUAAACUCGUGCAAUAUGCGAGUACCGAUAUUGAUAAAAUAUUGUUAAAAUAUACCGAGUACAGUGAGCCUCAUGAAAGUAAAGGUAAUCAUGAUUUUGCAAAUACAGCAGACCAUGAUGAUGAUGAUAAUCCACCUCCAGGAUUUGAUACUACAAGUGAUGUCAAGUAUGCACAAUCACAGGUUUCUACUCCUUAUUCCAUCAAUAAUUACUCAAUGUACGCACAACCUCAACAACAAUAUAUGCCCACACAAUAUUAUAAUCCACAAGUAACUCAAGCUAUGCAUCAAAUGUCACUUCCAAUGACUUCUGUUCCUAUGCAAGUUCCUCAAUCCGUUCCUCCAAUGAAUAAUGUUCCUACAUCAAUUUCUCCUCCUCAACAACAAAUGACGAUAACUACGACCGCUGCCGCUUCCUUACCAAUUUCAUCUCCCCAAAUUGAUACACCACCAGGAGAUUUAGUAUCACCGCCUCUUAUAUCACCUUCUCCAAAGAAGCCAAAACUUCGUGUUCAUAUUCCAGAAGCUAAAGAUAAACCAUCCGGACAGGCUGCAAAUCAACAAUCUCAACCUUCUCAGCAACAAGAUCAGUCUCCAGAUCAGGAUGAGGCACCUUCAGAUUCACAACAGCCCAUGGUUACACAGCCCAUGACAUCAAAUCGUCCAACUCCCGCGACCGCUGAGCCAGGUCCUACUUCAGCAUUACCAUCACAAUUCGCGCAGAAUUUGCCAUCGCCUUCAACUUUCUUUUCCGAAUUCUAUAAAACAAAUGAAUUACCUAGUCCUUUAACGUUUGGUAACACUCCUACAAGUGCUCAGCCUGGCGCUUUUCAUUGGCCUCCACGAGCUAAUUAUCAGCAUCAACCUUCUCCGUUAGCAAAGCAUGAAAAUAGUUCGUUAUCAAAAUCACGUCCUGCACCUUCCGAUAACAGCGAUGAGAGUGAAGAACCAGAAAAGAAAAAGACGAAAAAUUGAAUUACCACAAACUAUAUUACUUCUUUUAUCAAUUAGUAUUUUUUAAAGUUUCUUUGUAAUUUCAAUAUUUCAAUGAACAAUCUUGGACCAAAUUUAAAAAAAUUAGACAUUACCAGAAAAUUCUUAAUUUUAUUGUCAAAGAACAAAGUGUUGGUAGAUAUAAUAUGAUAUGAAUAUAAUUAUUGGAUUAAUGAGUUAAUAAUGAAGUGCAGAACAUUUGUUCAAUUUUUUUUUUAGAAUUUUAAUGAUGGGUUUAGAUUUUAGGUAAAACAUUUUUUUUUUUUCUUUUUUUUUCAAUGGA